AUCUGAUUGGCUGACGAACGUUCUGAGGUGUGCAAUUAUUUUCAGGGAAACGCACGGCGAAAGUAGUUCCAGGCAGCUCUUGACCGCAUUACAUGACCAUAUCACUUCGCCAAAUGAUUUCUGUUAUUUCAAAGGUCUUGCAACAGCAAAAUAACCAAGACCCACAACGACACUGGCCAAAUAAAUAAAUAUAGUAAACAAUAUGAUAAAAACGACAGAUCAUGUCCAUGUUUUUGCCACAAAAUUGCGCUUUAUUAUGUACGGAAAGCACAUACUCUCUCCCGCUCUCUCUCCCUCACAGACCGCACAUACAGUUACAGUUUGCACACACACUAACAUACACCGCACUAAUGUUGUUAGCGCUACUCUGACGAUUUUAUCAGUAACGUUAAACAACUUAAAAACUACAUGACUUCUCACAAGCGAAGUAACAACAACAGCGCGGUUUGUGAAGAAAAGGAAGUAACGUUAACUGUUAAGUUUCACUAUAACUAGAGACAUUGCCACCGAACACUAUUGAGAGACGCACAGAGGUCUGACUGAGAAGCCUGUUAUGGUGGCAUCACCCGAGAACCGCUUACGAGAAAAAGAGUUACAUGCAGAAUCUCCUGGUGAAAACAAAGAAUCCACAUCACACUCUCCACAUGGGUCUACACCCGAUGCUGAACCUUCAUUAGAGUUCACAACAGAGGAAUCAAGACCUGCAAACCAAAUUUCACCAGAGUCGCCACCUGCAGCUCAACCUGUGCCUACAUCAGUCUCCACACCUGAAUCAAUUACUGAGACAACAGAAUUCACAGAAGAACCCUCAGGAGAGUCCAAAGAAGAAAAAGAAGCCAAAAAAAAGAAACCAAAACUUCUUAAUAAAUUUGACAAAACAAUCAAAUCUGAGAUCAACGCUGCAGAGAAAUUACGCAAGAAGGGGAAAAUUCAGGAAUCUCUCCAUGCUUUUGAAGCUCUUGUCCAGAAAUUCCCACAAAGUCCGAGAUGCCGAUAUGGAAAGGCCCAGGCAGAAGAUGAUUUGGCAGAGAAAAUGCGCAGUAAUGAGAUGCUGCUGAAGGCAGUGAACUCAUACAGAGAAGUAGCCGAGCUCCCAGACGUACCACCUGACCUCAUCAAAGCCACAUUAAAGAGACGUGCAGACAGACAACAGUUCUUAGGUCGUACGAGGGGAUCUUUGGCUACUUUGGAAGAGCUAGUUCAGAUUUUCCCAGAAGACAUUAGCUUAAAGAAUGACUUGGGAGUGGCACAUCUGCUUCUGGGUGACAACAAGAGUGCAAAACGAAUAUACGAGGAGGUUUUAGCUCAUGCCCCACAUGACGGAUUUGCUAAAGUGCAUUACGGGUUCAUACUUAAAUCCGAAAACAAGAUUGCAGAGAGCAUACCGUACCUCAGGGAGGGUUUGGAGUCUGGAGAGCCAGGAACUGAUGACGGAAGGUUUUACUUUCAUCUCGGGGAUGCUUUACAGAGAACAGGAGAUAAGAGUGCCUAUGACUGGUAUGAGGCUGGACAUCGGCGAGGUCACUUUGCCUCUGUAUGGCAGAGAUCUCUGUACAAUGUCCCAGGGCUUCGUGCUCAACCCUGGUGGAUGGCUGAAGAGACUGGAUAUACAGCUUUAAUCAAGACGUUGGAACGUAACUGGCUGACCAUUAGAGAUGAAGCACUGUCAGUGUUAGAUGGCAACAGUGGGCAGUUCUUGCCCGAAGAUGAAAAUCUGAGAGAGACAGGAGACUGGGGCCAGUUUACACUGUGGCAGCAGGGUCGAAAGGCUGCUGCUUCAUGUCGCUAUGUCCCGAAAACCUGUGGUUUGCUGGAACGUUACCCAGAGGCCACUAGCUGCAAAAGAGGCCAGAUCAAAUUUUCAGUAAUGCAAGCUGGUACUCAUGUGUGGCCUCACACUGGUCCCACCAACUGUCGUUUACGAAUGCAUCUAGGCCUCGUCAUCCCUUCUAAGGGAUGCAGGAUUCGUUGUACAAACCAAACCAGGGAGUGGGAAGAAGGAAAAGUGUUAAUAUUUGACGACUCAUUCGAGCAUGAAGUCUGGCAGGAAGCGGAAAGCUACAGACUCAUCUUCAUUGUGGAUGUCUGGCAUCCAGAACUCACCCAAUUACAGAGGCAGACUCUGUCACCAAUAUAGACGAUUUGUUCAAAAACUGAGUUUCGAAAAGUAGGUCAACCGCCAAUCUGAGUGACAGAUUUACUGUCCUUAGCCAAUCACAAAUAUCUAUUGUGCUGUUCUGUGGGUACUGAUUACAAGGCAAUGUGAAUGUAUAAGUCUUAUGAAAAACAAACAUAUUAAUAGUUGUAAAUAAUAUGAGUGUGAUUUUUGUAAAACACAAAGGAUGGACUUAGAAGUUCAAGGGUUUUAAAAAGACAGUUCACUAAUAUGCGAUAUAAUUCUGGUAAAGCAAAUACGAUUUGUAAUCAUGUUUCAGAAGCAUGUUUUUAGGGCUCAACAGUAAACGGUAAAAUGAAAGAUGCGAUAAGGAUUAAAGCGUACAUUUUGAGAUUUAUAUCUUAGGUUAGAUUGAAGGGUUACUUUUAGUAAAAUAACAGUACAAUGAGAUGCAUGUUAUGGGACCAAUGAAGAGAUCAGAAUAUGAGAGAAUGAGUUGCAUUUGCUCUUUCUUUCCGAAAAAAAAAGGAGACCUCAGUCACUUUUUAUAGAAAUAUGAUUGAACAUUGCACUGUAUGUUGUGGGUUACUUUAUAUUUGUGUGUCCAGGUGAAUACAUAAAUGAGCAGAUGUGUUAGCUAUAAGAGAUGAGUGCACAGCCAUGAAAAAGAUCACGUUGUGCCUUUUCCAACCUUGGAAACUAUUCUAUUAACUAUUCUAUUCAUGUGUACUUGGGAGACCUAAAGAACAAGUCCAGGUCAUCAAACAAAAGAAUUAUGACUAUUUAGUUUUUUGUGAAAUGUGAAGUUGAUAUGUUUUCUUCAGAUUCACUGCAAGCACACAUUUUAUUAACACUACAAAUUCUACAUGAUUUUUGUAUAUAUGUUUGUUUACAUAAUUUCAUCUUGCGAAAAUGUUUGUUCUUUGUAUUAUUUGGGAAGUAUUCAAUUUUCAUAUGUCUGAAAAGAACAAUAAUAUAAUUUAUCUCAAUUAUAAUUCAGUUUGAUUCAUUUUCAUGUCACGUGUACGUGAAGAUCCAAACUGAAAAUUAAAUAAUAAUUUAAAAAAAUAAAGCACUAAUUAAGACAUCAGUACAUUUAAAGAAUUCAUUUAAUCAAAAAAAUAGAUCUGUUCAAAUGCACUUUGAGGUCCAGUGCAUUCAGGUUUGUAGUUGUAGAUCAAAGCCUUUUCCUCUUCCUCUGUACUAGGAAAGCUGUGAAAACUUUUCCUAGCUGUAAAAGCAACAAAAGGAGGAGAAAGGUUACCCUGUGAAGAUAUAACUUCUUAAUUUGUAAAUUCAUUGCAUUAAAGGAAUCAAAU